UAUGCUGACAUAAGUACUUUUGAAAAGAGCCCUUAUGCAUGUAAACGGAAACAAAUGCUACAGUAUCACUCAAAGCAUUGACAGAAGACAGAGGACAUGUGUUUUUUUUUUAACCUCAUGGACAUGAGAAUUCCCAAAGACAUCUGUAGACCAGUGUUUACUCAUAUGCUUGAAUAGCUAUAAACAAAUGCCAGAGGAACACCAGAGCUUGAACCACAGAGCAGUAUAAAUGUGAGACCCUUGAUUUACAGUCACUCUGGGGAGAUCACUGCUGUGGAUCGCUGGAUUCAGAGCAAAACCAUAUGGCCACAAUUUGCCACUGGAUGUUUUUCCCGUCCUCAUUACAGGUAGUUUCUGAUGCAAGGUCCUAUUUUAUUUGUUUUCAACUCAUUUUGAUCAAACUCUGUGUUGAAGCGGGAAUUGUUCUUCUGGAAUGAGUGAAGUAAUGAAGCACUUCGAGAGACUUCCUGGCCCACUGCUCUUUUUGAUGACUCUGGUUUCUCUCAGUCUGGGUGAUAGAUUCACCUUGCUGAUCUCCAUGCCAAACACCUCCAUUCCUUUCAGUACUGGUCGGAUUGGGGCCGGAGCUCUUAUCGCAAUCAGUUCUGUAAACAGCAGUCCGGACCUUCUGCAAGGUCAUCAACUGGAUUACCAUUAUGUGGAUGAUGAAUGCAAUGAUCUACGUGGCCCAGGGAAAAUUGCGGCACUUUACCAUAAACACAAAUACAGCGCUUUCAUCGGACCAUCUUGCUCGAAUGUCUGUGCAGUGACUGCUAAACUAGCAGCUUAUUGGAACAUUGCUGUCAUCAGUCCUAUAUGUGCAGAUCAACAAUUUCUAGAUAAGAAGGCCUAUCCGACCUUAACAAGAGUUUUUGGACCUUUCACUAAACUAGGGUCUUUCUUUGUGGAAAUCUGCAAGUGGUUUGGCUGGCAGCGCAUCAGCAUUAUCUAUGAAAAUAAACCAUCCUGGGCUAUUCCUGUUGAGGGGAUCAGGUAUCAAGCAGAGCACAAUAACAUUACAGUGGCCAAGUAUCAAGAGAUCCCUGGCCCUCUCUCCCAAGGAUCCUUGUCGACCUGGUCCUGGGUCUUAACUGAGGUGGCACAAGUCUCGCGCAUCAUUGUGAUCUCAGCAGAUGGCAAGGUGGUCCGCAGUUUGCUAAUUGAAGCUCACAAGAAAGGCCUCACCAGCGGAGAUUUUGUUUUCUUUUGUUUCGAGCCAUAUAAGCAAAAGGUGUUAUUUGGCAGUUUUGAAUGGAAACAAGGUGAUGAAUAUGACUUGGUGGCCAGGCAAGCUUAUCAGGCUCUGUUUUUCCUGUCUUUGUAUAAACCCAGUCAUAAACUGUAUCAGACCUUCUCAGAGAAUGUCAUCAGAAGAUCCAAAAUAGACUUUGGCUAUACAUAUGAUUCUGAUGAAAAGGUGUCAGUCCUAGCAGCCAUAGCUCAUGAUAGUGUCUGGCUGUAUGCCCAGGCAUUAAAUGAAACUUUGGCAGAAAAUGGAAACCCAUAUGAUGGUUUAGCCAUCACUAGACGAAUGUGGAACAGGACUAUUACAGGCAUCCAAGGAGAUGUAACUAUUGAUGCAAGUGGAGAUCGUGAGUUAAAUUACAUGAUGAAACAAAUCCAAGGUAGUAAUAACCAAUUUCAGGUCAUUGCGAACUAUUUUGGGACUUAUAAGGCAGUACAGGGGCUUCACAUCAAGUGGCCUGGAGGACGGACAACUCCUCCCAAAGACUCUCCAGAUUGUGGCUUUCAUGGAAAACUCUGCAUCAAUCUAGAGAGAAAAUUCUUGAUUGCUUUAGGGAUUAUUGUUGGCUUGGUGGGUGCUGGGACCCUUGCAAUCUGUGCUUUAUACAGGAAGUUCAAAAUCCAGGAAGAAGCUUCCAAGAUGCUGUGGACAGUCAACGCCGAUGAUGUCAUAAUGAUGGAGCAUCACUCCUCAACUGUGACAGCAAAGUCUCACAGAUCCAAACCCAUCCAAGCUUCUUUGGAGUCUAUAAUUUGCAGCAUGCAAGGCAAGCCAUCAGCACACAGAACCGCAGUCUACAAAGGAACAAUUUGUUCUGUUUGCUUUCUGAAUUUAAAGAACCCUCAUCUGAGCAGCGAGCUCCUGGCGGAACUCAAACAGUGCAGAGAUUUGACCCACUAUAACCUUUGUAAAUUUAUUGGAGCGGCCCUGGAUACCCCUCAGCCCUUCAUUCUUACAGAGUACUGCCCUAAAGGAAGCCUACAGGACAUAUUGAAGAAUGAGUCUAUCAAGCUGGACUGGAGUUUCAAAUUUUCCCUCAUGCUAGACAUCGUAAAGGGUAUGGACUAUUUGCACCAUAGUCCCCUGCACUUCCACGGUCACCUCUCAUCAGCAAGCUGUGUGGUGGACAGCCGCUUUGUCCUGAAGAUCACUGAUUUUGGACUUAAUAUACUCAGGAUUUCAGACUCAGAGAAGAGUCCCGGAUUUGACCCCUGGACCGCUCUGCUGUGGAAGGCACCAGAGCUACUGAGGCAGUCCAUUCCAGCUAAUGGUACACAAAAAGGGGACAUCUACAGUUUUGCCAUUAUCGCUCAAGAGGUAGUAUAUCGUAGAGGGCCUUUCUACAUCCCCAACUGUCACUUCAGUUCUAGAGAGAUUGUGAAUAGGGUCAGGGCAGGGGGAUGUAGCCCACUGAGGCCUCACAUAGAUCCAGCAGAUGAUGUAGAGGAACUGGAGGGAAUCAUGGUCAGCUGCUGGAGAGAAAAACCUGCAGAGAGACCAGACUUUUCUUCUCUUAGGACUGCCAUCAAGAAACUGUGUCCUAAUGGGGGGUCUGAGAACAUUCUGGAUAACCUGCUGUCCCGUAUGGAGCAGUAUGCGUGUAAUCUGGAGGAGAUAGUCAGUCAACGUACCGCUGAACUCCAGGAAGAGAAGAAGCGAGCAGAGGGACUGCUCACGCAGAUGUUGCCACGUAAAUAUGCAAAUAGACUUUGACACACCAAGCCGAAGGUCAGCCAUUGACCAGAGUCAGGCUGUCUUUGAACAUCUGUUGGCCUAGUUUUUGAAGUAUGCUGCCCUUGUUGGACCAGCCUUGGUAGCUUUUUGGCAGCAUGUUGAAUCAACAACGGAGUCUCUUAGUGAUAGAGCCUACACUGAUGGCUGUUCAACUUUUAAAAACAGUGCAGGAAGUCAAGAGGGCACACACAGAAUGCUCUUUUGGCUCUUCCAGUUUGUCUUUUUGUAUGAUGAAUACAGACCACUGCCACCUGCUGGUAUCGUACAUUUCUCAUGCAGGCACAAAAACUAUGUGCUAGGCUGUUGGCUUUUAGUCUUUAGUCAAUUUUUUUUACUAUAGUGAGCUUCUGUUUCUGCUUUUUUAUGUCACUUUGUUGUGUCUUAGCCUUAAUGCUUAACAUGUUCAAAUGUUUUGUACUGAAUGCAAAUUUAAAAUGUACAAUUCUGUGUGACUGGAUAUAUUUUACCCCCAAAAAGUUGUUCACCCUAAAAUGAAAAUUCUGUCAUCAAUUAUUCACCCUCAUGUUGAUCUAAAUCUAUAUGAUGUUUGUUCGUCUUCGAAACAGAAAUCAAGAUAUUCUGAAUGAAAUCUGAGAGAUUUUUGGACCCUCCACUGACAGUUUAUUCACCCCAAAAUUCGACUAUUCAAAAAGUUCAUAAAGACAUAGCAAACGUAAUCCAUAUAAAUCGAGCUGUUUAAUUCUUCUGAAGAUGCACAAUCGCUUUUUAUGAUGAACAGAUUUAAUUCAAGCUUUUAUUCACUUUUAAACAUUGAUCAAUGCAGACAGAGCAAAUCAAUAUGCUAAAUGCAAUCUCCAACAUGCUUGCUUGACACACAAGAACCAAAGAGGUUUGUUCUUGCAUGCCAAAAAUGGUUGUUUGUUCUGUUUAUCAUAUUUCAGUAGAGGGAUGGAAAUCUCUCAGAUUUAAUUAAAAACGUUUGUGUUUCAAAGACAAAUGAAAGA